UGCGGGACUCCGUGGCGGCGGCAAAAAUGCUUGGUGCUAGAGCAGACUGCCUACUACCCACCGACUGCUCGCGCCGGCUAGUGGCGGAGGUGCAGGGCGCCCUGGAUUCCUGCGCCGAGAGGCAGCGGCAGUUAGAGCGGAGCCUACGCGUUUCCAGGCGGCUGCUGCAAGUCUGGGAACCAGCCAGGACCCCAGCUCCAGAGCCAGAAACCAAGGAAGAGGUCCCAACUCCAGCAUGCACGAGUGCUCAAGACCUCAAGGAACUGGAGCUUCUGACCCAGGCGCUGGAGAAGGCUGUACGAGUGAGGAAAGGCGUGUCUAAGGCUGGACAAAGAGACCGAACCCCCAGCCUGACAUCUGCAUCUAAUGCAGCCACUUCUGGUGCCGCUGCCCCAGUCCAUUCCCAGGCCCCCAGCCAGGCUGGCAGCCGUGCAUCAGGUGCAAGAUCCACCGGCGGCAUACAACGGGCCACAGCCCCUGCCAAGGACUACCCUGAGUGCAGACUUCUGUCGAGGGGAGAUAGGACCCACGUGAGAACAGGAACCCAAGCUACCAGGUCUGGACCAGGCCUCAGGGACCAACAGAUGGCCCCAUCCGCUGUUCCUCCCGCCACAGAACUCUUCACACUAAAGGAGAAGGGGACCCUCCUGCAACUACCUGUGGCCUUCAGGAAGGCAGCUUCCCAGAAUUCCCGUCUGUGGGCACAGCUCAGCUCUGUAGAAGCCAAUGACUCCACAGAUGCCACCAGAGCCGCCAAAACUCAGUUCCUCCACAAACUCCAGGUGGCUUCGGGCUGCUCCAGCCACAGACCUGGUGCUGCAGAAGUGGAGGCACACGCCCGGAGCCUGAAGAAGGCCUGUACACUGCUGAGACUUCAUAUGCAGAAGGAGCUUUCAGCAGCCCCCGCUGACUGGAUGCAGGAGUACCGAUGCCUGCUCGUCCUGGAAGGACUGCGGACCAUGGCUGGGCAGUGUCUCCACAGGAUACAGGCGCUGCAAGCAGCUGCGACAGGAGGGCUGCCAGAACUCAGCCUUGUGGAGAAGCCCACUCAGGCCUCGUCACUUUGUGGAGGAGAGACAGACUCUUCCUGGAGCCCUGAGCUCCUUCUCUACUCUGACACCAAGGAGCUGCAGACCUUGGCAACCUUGAAGCUCCGAGUGGCCAUGCUGGACCAGCAGAUCCAUCUAGAAAAGGUUCUGAUGGCUGAACUCCUCCCUCUGAUAAACACCCAGGAGCCAGGAGGGCCACCUUGCCUGGCACUGUGUCGGGCUGCAUACAGUCUGCUCUGUGAAGGAGGUGAGCACUUCCUCACGGUCCUUCGAGAUGACCCCGCUGACUAAGCAGGCUGGGCAGACAAGCAAGCUCUCUGGGAGAGUCCUCUCCACUCAGCUGGAGUGUAGCAAACAGGGAUCGAGGGGAAAUUUCCUGUUUGGAGGAGCUAAGCGCACAGACAUACCUGUAACUUCACUGGGAAAGCUGGGUUCUCCCUCAGCUCCACUUAGCACCAAACUUCCUGGUCAGGGCUCAGCUUUCUGCCUUCCUGGGGAAGCCCUUCUUGGCUCCCUCUACCUUCUCUCACUGUAGGCCCUCAGACUACUCAUAUGAUACUAGAACUGUUUCCGGAAGUAUGUGUAUUUAUAUUAUUAUAUCAAAGUAGGGCUCGGUAAGGA